CGCGCCCUUACCUCUCCUGUUCAUCUUCCCUUCCCUUUUGUCGGAAAAAAAGCCCCUUUUUUGCAAGAAAGUUUAUUCCUUUUAUUUCUCUCUCUCUCUCUCUCUCAGAUAAAUACUCUGCUUUUCCUUCGAAGAAACAGAGAGGGCGGGGAAUGAAACAAAUGAAGGGAGGAAAGCAAUGGGCAUUUCCGGAAAUUUCAAUUUGUGCUCCUCUGAAGUCAAUAUCCACAAAGCCGGCGGCAGAGGGUGGCGAUUGCCGGCGUUCCGACGACGAACGGUCGACGACUCCGACGGCCAGGGGGUCUAGGAUUCCGGAGAGGCUCCCGUGUCCGCCGGCGCCGAGGAAACGCCGGCCUUCUUCCGUUUGCCGUUACAACGGCGUCAAGGAGUUCUUCGAUCCGCCGGAACUGGAAUCCGUGUUCGUGCGCCGCGUGGAGAGGGCUAAUUAGUUAGAGUUUAAUCGCGGUAAUUAGCAGAGUGAUUAGCAGUUCUAAAAUUGUUUUUU